GCCCACUUCCCCCCCUGUCAGUCUCACUCAUCCAGUGAUCAAUGUACUUGCCGAGCUGAGGAUAAAUUGAAUCUUUCUCGCCGCUCAUUUAUUUCUACAACACAUAUUUCAAAAUAACUCUCCUACUUGACUUUUUAGUUUUUGUAUGUUUCGGGGCACUCUUUAUGUACUGUUUUUUGUACUUUUAACUUAUUCUCACUUCUGACCAUGGCCGUACCAGCUGCUUUGAUCCCCCCGACCGCUCUGGUUCAGCCACCUCCGAUCUCAACUUCAGCGACAACCACCUCGCCCUCGACAAGCGCUUCUCCCUCGCCUUCAUCUGCGCCUUCCGGACAGAGUCUGUACCGAUCGGAGCUUACUGCCACCACCAGUCCGGGCAUCUCAGUCGGCACCCUGCCCGGUAAACCCGUGUACUCGACCCCGUCUCCGGUGGAAAACACUCCACAGAAUAAUGAGUGUAAAAUGGUAGAGCUGCGGGGAGUGAAGGUGGCUUCUUUUACCGUGGACGGUCGCGAGCUCAUCUGUCUUCCCCAGGCGUUCGACCUCUUUUUGAAACACUUUGUCGGAGGGCUGCACACUGUUUACACCAAGCUGAAGAGGUUGGAAAUCACGCCGGUCGUGUGCAAUGUGGAACAGGUCCGCAUCUUGCGGGGACUCGGGGCUAUCCAACCGGGGGUCAAUAGAUGCAAGCUCAUCUCCAGGAAGGACUUCGAGGUUCUGUACAAUGACUGCACAAACGCGAGCUCCAGACCUGGGAGACCUCCAAAGAGAACACAGGGCGUCACUUCUCCAGAGAACCCCCACAUGAUGCCACACACUGUACCCAGCCUUAUGUCAUCAGGAAUCAUCCCUCCCACAGCUGCAGCGGCUGCAGCAGCAGCUGCGACAAAUGCCGCCCUUGUCGAGGCCAUGAAGGUAAAGAAGAUCAAGCUGGAAGUCAUGGGAAACUACCAUGGCAGCAGUAACCAGCACGGAGCCGACGAGAACGGGGACUACGGCUGCAGCGUGGGUCUAGAACUUCCAUUUAUGAUGAUGCCCCACCCCCUAAUUCCAGUCAGCCUACCUCCUGCAUCUGUCACCAUGGCAAUGAGUCAGAUGAACCACCUCAGCACCAUUGCAAAUAUGGCUGCAGCUGCUCAGGUCCAGAGUGUGCCCUCCCGAAUGGUGACCUCCGUUAUAAAGGAACGUGUUCCAGAUAGCCCCUCUCCGGCACCCUCUCUUGAGGAUGGGAGAAGACCAAGGAGCCAUGCAUCUUCUCACCAGAGCAGCAGUAUGACCAGCUCUCCAGCACACACAGAAAGCUCCUGUGACAGGAUACCCUUGCACCAGAAUGGGCUGUCCUUGUCUCAGGUCACCCUAGGCCUGUCAUCAAGCACACUGCCGUGCCCGAAGGAGGGAGACCUCGCAACUCACGAAAUGGGACACGAGGUCAAAAAGCCACACACCGAAAGAGAUGAGACUCCACAGUGCACUCCGACGGCUAGAGACAGCUAUGGGAGACCCUCCCGGGUUGGCCAGCUUUUACCUGCUGGGUUCCCUUCUCAUCUCCUCUUUCCUGAAGGCCUGUCAUCCAUAGAAACACUACUAACAAACAUACAGGGCCUUUUGAAGGUUGCCAUCGAUAACACCCGAGCGCAGGAGAAGCAGGUUCAGCUGGAGAAGAGCGAGCUGAAGAUGGAGCUGUUUCGAGAGCGGGAGAUGAGAGAGACCCUGGAGAGGCAGCUGGCUGUGGAGCAGAAGAACAGAGCAAUAAUCCAGAAGCGACUGAAGAAAGAGAAGAAGGCAAAGAGGAAACUGCAAGAGGCCCUUGAAUAUGAAACCAAACGACUCACUCAAGCAGAGCUGUCCUUGAAGCAGACAUCACCAACCGACAGCCUCAGAACGCUGAAUGACUCGUUGACCCAGGAGAUUGAGGCUGACCACAACAGUGGCAGAACAGAUGCUGAAAGGACAAUACAAGAUGGAAGACUGUUUUUGAAAACAACAGUGAUGUACUGACAGCAUAUUGAAGAAGAAAGACAAUAGCUCAUGAGAUUAUUUAGAGCCUUUUUUUACUAGGCAGAGCAGAAUGAAGCAGUCACAAAAUCUAAUCUUUCACAGAAAUCACUUUUUCCUUUUUUUUUUUGCUUCAAGUGUCUCCCAGGGAAGGAUGCAAUCAAGAGACAUUUUGAGUGAUAAGCAUACAAGGUCUUUUUUUGUUUGUUUUGUGGGUACAUACCACAAAAGCAUAGACAUCAUCUGGUCACUGCAGCUUUUGCAGUCAAAGAUGGCAACACAAGCAAAAAAUGCUACUUCUUUCUAAUUUAUGUUCCGUUAUUUUGGUCUAUGAAACUACAUAGCGAACUAAAUAUUAGUCACUUGAAAGUGUACGUCUCAAAAAUUAUUAUUCAUAGUAAACAUUGACAGUUAUACAAGAAAACUUUCAGAUUAAUGGCCGUUACUGCCACUGUAGCAGAUCCAGUGUCAGGUCCAGUGUGGGAUCAGUUACAUGGGACAUUUAUAAAUCACUCAUGGAAUACGUUAAUAAUAUUGCAAAUUACAUUUGAGCCAACACUAGAGUGUUUUUGCAUAUGCCCCCAUUUCUGCCACUGUCUUCAUCAUACUGUAGUUGUUUCCGCAGCAGAACUGUGUCUUAUGUGUAAAAUUUGUUUUUGGUCUUCAUUAUACAGCAUAGAAUACUAUGGUAUCAGGAUGUACACUGGCAGUAAUACUUCACAUUAACAGUACUGAGUUUUAUUUUUAUUUUUUCUCAAUACUGUAUUUACAUUACAGUUUUGAACAGGAAAUUCAAUUGAGGGAAUUUAUUUCUUGUUCCUAAGAAAUUAAAAUAAAAAUAAAAAUGCUAAGACCAUAAAAAAGGAUAGCUUGAAGAUAGCUUUUGGGGAAAAGGUGGGGACACUCAUGAUAAUGAAAUGACAAUUCAUAUUUGAAUCACUGUUUUAUGAACUAGGAGGACAACUGCUUGUUUUUACAAUUCAUGUAUAUAUGAGAUGAAAGAUUAGAUAAAUGGUAUGGUAUGUGUAUAUAAAGUUAACAUAUGGAAUUAUGUAUGCAUUAUAUUGAUGAGAAAACAGUACAAACAAAACCCUUUUGUGUUCUUAAACCACUGUUUGUUUGUUUUUGUUUUUUCAAGAGCUGCCGUUUUAAUUGAACUCGUGCAGACAUGUCCUAGAAAUUCUGGAUUUUCAAAUUAUGACAUUGUUUGCCCCUGCGUUCCACCUAUUCAUGUAUGUAUUGACACAUAUAUAUCCUAUAGUCAUUGUUUUUGAAAAAAAAAAAAUCCAGUUUAAUUUAAUGUAAAAUCAGUUUUGAUUUUUGAAAGUCAAUUUAAUUCUGCGUAGUUUGGUACCAUGAAGUUUUCACUGCUUCACAUUGGGGCAAAUUAGUCAGUCUCUAAGCCUCAACACUGCUGAGAGAAAGUGUUUGGACUCAACAAAAUGGUGAGAACCUGGUUGCCAUUAACUCUACACCUUUUUAAUAUCUAGUUGAUGUAUUCUGAAAUUACACAAACAAGAUAUCGAAGUACUUCAGCUUUCUGAAACAUGAGCGAAACCUCACUAUGCCAGGGUCAUAUGUCAUGUAUUUUUUCACUUUUGAAUUUUCUAUCGGUGUAUAAAAUUGAUCGGAGUGCUGCCAUAUUAAAUAGUGCUUUGUUUAUUUUGUGUUCAUUUGUUGAUGCGUAAGUUAACCCACUACAGGCUGCUUUGGGCAGUCAUGUCUUUAAUAAUAAGAAAUAUUGACACAUAAAAAAUAUCACUUAUUUAUAGGGAAAAUUCCUUAUUUAAAACAUAUAUGCUGAAGAUAUGCUUGUUAGUUCUGGAAUUUGUAAUAUUAUAGGCAGCUAUUUUUAUAAUGGUUAUAAUUGUAUUACUUUAAUGUUUUUUUUUUUUUUCCUUAGAUAAAUGUACUGUUUAACUGUAAGUUAUUUCAGUCACUUUAAUGAAGCUAACAUGGGGUCAUAAUUUCUUAUUAUUUGUGAUACAGUUUCUAUGUAUAAUGUAUUGCAUUCAGGUAUACACUAGAUACAUUUAUAAGCAUAUUGUUCCUCUACACGUUCAAGUA